ACCAAGAUGGAGUAGCAAUCUCGAAAAAUAAAUUAUUUUUUUCAGAAACUGAUCAAGUAUAUUCUCUGACAACAGUGUUAUUAUCACUGUGCAGUUUGGUUUGGGAAUGUUUGUGAUCUGAUGACUAAACUGUGCAUCGAUAUUCAUUAUGGAUAAACUGAGCAUCAUAUCGGGAGCUCUGUUUUUUGCAGCAGAUAUUUUUGCUGUGACCAGUUUGGCAAUGCCUAACUGGAUUGUUUCAGAAGUUGGAGGUGAUGUUUAUAUUGGAUUGUUACAGACCUGUUUAACUAUAUAUGGUCGACCUACUAUAUGUUUCACACCUGACCCAGUCAGAGCUGAAUGGUUACUGACAUUUAUUUGUGUUGUUCUGGGUAUACUUUGCAUCAGUGUAACUGUUGUUUUACUUGGAGUUUCAUACUGGGAAUACAGAGUUAUGAAAUUUGCUCGAUGGUUGGGAUUUGUGGCAAUGAUACUGUUCUGUCUAGCAGCUGUGAUAUUUCCAAUAGGAUUUGAUAUGGACCAGAUAGGAGGAGAAGCCUACCAACUUCCUAAUAAUUUCCGUGUAGGAAUAUCAUAUAUCUUUUUUGUCUUGGCCUUGUGGAUCACAGUUGUGUCUCAGCUUUUUGCUUCAAAAGUAUGCCUACCACAUUUUUAGCAACAUGUAUUAAUAGUAUCAUGAAAGGAAAUUAUCCAUUGUUCAAAUGAUCUGAAUUGGAGGUGUGCAUCUAUGAGUGGUAUUCUGUAAAGAAUUUUAUUUGAAUCUUCAGAAAAUGAAAGCCCAUAUUUAACUGAAUUCUUCAAAGUUUUUGGUUUAACAAUACCUUGAAAAUAAAUGCAAGGCAUAAGGUGGGUUCUGCACAUCUUGAACAUGAUAUGUCUUGAUGUACAUGUAAUCUACAUGUAUGAGAAUCAAGUAUGCUACUUUGGUUGUCAGUAUUGAGAAAAAGGUUUGAACACUAGGUCAUUAAUCUGAACAAUCCUUAUUAAUAUCCAUCGACUAUAAUGAAGUGUGUAUGUAAGUUUACAUCUGGAGAUGGUGUAAAAUCAUCCAAAAAACAAUGUGCAAUAGUGCAAUUUUGUUUCAAAAUCAAAAUUUUUAAAUCCCUGUUUAAGCCAUGGCUAAGCUGAAGUUUUAAGUCAUUUUUGUUUAUAUAUAUAUGUGGAUUUACAGGAUUAUCAUUGUAUAAAAUAUUAUAUUUGUAAAUGUAUGUUCUAAGUUAUUUAGCCAUUAGCAUGACAUGUAACUUAUGUGGUUAAUUAUUUAACAUGUACACACGUAUAAAUUGUCAGAGUUUGGGGAUCAGACAAGAAUGUUAACAGACUUGAUCUCAGUUUUUAAAUGUAUGUUGUAAUUGCAUAUCACGGAAAUCCCAGUUGUCUGAUGACAUGUUAUAGGAAACACUGGUACUGAUUAUUCAAUUUGAUUGCAAUACUUUUUGUAUGUGUAGUCAUUAUAGUGAUGUACUUUGCCCCCCUUUUACCAGACACUGUAAUGUUUGACUUAAUGCACCCCCCUCUCCCUUUUUUAGGAAAUCCUGCAUAAGAAUUGUUAUUUUGGUACUUUUUUCCGAACCACAGUGUUCAAAAUUUAUGAAAUGGCACAAUUGGGAUGAGCCGUGCUCCCGAUUUUGAUUUUGUUAUCAUAUUACUGUGUAUACCUUGUAUGUACAUGUAGACUUGCUUCAUUAAUUAGCUAUAGGCUUGUUUUCACAAAUGUAGCAUUUAUGUAAAGUACUGUGUGCAGUCAUAUUAUACUUCAUGACAGUCUUUCACUUAGUAAUAAUAACAUGACAACCCCUAGUAAAAUAAUUCUUUUUCUAGGGGUCGAUUUUUCAAUUCUUAUUGAAAAAAAUGUUUCUCUAGUCUUAAGGGUUCUUUAUUUCAUUAAGGGUUAUUAAAAUAAUUAUUUUACUGAUUACAAUUAACUAUGGUACCACUCUUAAUCCUUCAGACUAAAGAGGGUAAUAAAUGAUGUAUCAUUAUGGUCAAAUUCGAAUCAUGCUGUUGGAAAAUUUUAAAAUUGAGAAUGGGAGUUAUUUUGUAAACUCAUGAUUAUUCAAAUGAUUGGCACUAUUUAAUGAAAUGAGUGCCUUUUUUGUUCUAGUCUUAUACAUGUAUAGGUAUUUAAGAUAUGUAUAGAUGUAGGUGUAUGUACCUAAUGAUGUAGAGAAGUGCCAAAUGAAUUGUUAUUGUAUGUUAUUGUACUGUAACUGUUACACAGAUGUGAUAAUCACACUAUUUAUUAUUAUUAUUAUUGUAUAAUAUGUAUAUUAUAUUUUAUGUAUAUGUAUAUAUUAUUUUAGCUGAUGGCUUAUAUAAUUACAUAUUGUAGGUUAACUUUAUAGAAAUGGCUUUGAAACGGUUGCUUAUUCCUGAUGGACAGAUUCCAUUUUGGGUGAUGUUAAAAAUCUAGAUUAACUGUAUGGGGAUACUGGAUUGAAUGUUCUGGAAUUGAAUUCUCUCUAUCUCAAAAAUGAAUGAAAAAGGGGAUUUUGGCCUAAACACAUGCACUGACAGAAUAAAUGAAAUGGUGUUUAAGGUCCUGCUUUUCUGCAAACCGAUUGAAUAAGAAAACAUCUCAACCAAUCAUAACAGCUGAAACAUAUUUGCUGCUGGUUACAUAACAAUUCUACUCACACUACCUCAGUUAUGGGGACUGAAAGACUGAAAUCCUUUUCACUUGAUUGCAAUGGACUAAGAAGCGAGCAUCCCCUAUUAAAAGUAGUAUAUAAUAUUCAGUAGAACAGGCUCUACUUGUCUACCCCCACCCCACCCCUCCACUAUUCAACAAUGAAUUAACAUGUGUUGAAAAGUCAAAAGGAAUCACAUAAGGUAUCAUAGAUUGGAACUUAUAGUUAUUUGAAUCUGACAGAACAAUAUUUGUAAAUGGUUUGUUGCAUGUUUCCAACAGUGUAUAAUUACAUCAAUUCAACUGUUAAUAUGGAGGUGUAAAAUCAUGUAGUUUCUAUAUGUAUUUGUAUAGAAAUAAAACCAUGAAAAUACUGAGAAAA